AUGGAUUCUCCGAAACUCCCGUACUCUCUCUCCGCCUCCUCCUCAACCCCAUUCGCUUCCUCCGCCGUCAAACCUCACCGGAAAAACCUCCCUUCUCGUAAUUGCAUCCUCAUCAUCAUCGCCUUAUCCUGCAUUCUCUUACUUCUCUUAACCCUCCUCAUCUACGCCACCACCUCCAAAUCCUCUCACAACCGCCACAACACGCCGCACCAAUCCCCCUCCUCCGGUGAUCCUCCUCCGCCGGAGACUCCUUCCCCUCCUCCAGUCGCGCAGAUCCGCCUCGCCUGUAACGCCACGCGUUUCCCAGACCACUGCUUCUCCUCCCUCUCCACACCGGGUCGGGUCCCUCCGGACCCUAAACCGGUCCAGAUAAUCCACUCGGCGAUAUCCGUCUCCUUCGAGGGUCUCAAAUUCGGUCAAUCGAAAAUCCAAUCUAUUCUAGACUCCUCCGCAGGGAAUAAAAACCGAACCAACAUCGCCACCAUUUGCCUCGAGAUCCUCUCGUACUCCCAGCACCGCACCGAAUCGACGGACGUCGCCGUCACGACCGGUGGAAUCAAAGACGCCCGUGCGUGGAUGAGCGCAGCUCUAGCUUACCAGUACGAUUGCUGGUCAGGUCUCAAAACCGUCAACGACACCAAGCAAGUCGUCGACACGAUCACGUUUCUCGAUGAUCUCGUGAAACUCACCGGAAACGCGUUGAGCAUGAUGGUCUCGUUCGACAAUUUCGGAGACGACGUCGCUUCCUGGAUCCAUCCAGCUACGGAACGAGACGGGUUUUGGGAGAAAACUGGGCCGACUUUGGGCUCGGGUUUGGGUACGGGUAAGGAGGCUAAUUUGGGAUUUCCGUCUGGAUUAACGGAUGACGUGACGGUGUGUAAGGACGGAGGGAAAGGGUGUGGUUAUAAGACGGUGCAGGAAGCCGUCGACGCAGCCCCCAAAACUAACGGAACCGUUAAGUUUGUGAUACGGAUUAAAGAAGGUGUGUAUGAGGAGACCGUGAGGGUCCCGUUUGAGAAAAAGAACGUCGUGUUCAUCGGAGACGGAAUGGGCAAAACGGUAAUUACAGGAUCGUUGAAUGUAGGGCAACCAGGGAUGACGACGUACAACUCUGCUACUGUCGGUGAGUUUCUAUUAGCGUCACUGUUUAGUUAA